AUGAGAUCUGCGAUUCUCUCAGCUGCACUCGCGGCCCUCAUUCCAUUCGCCUCAGCUGCAGAUGCUGUCAAGGGCGCUGCCGAGGGCUUUGCCAAAGGUGUUACUGGUGGUGGCAAUGCCAAACCCGUCUACCCUACGACCAACGCCCAACUUGUGAGCUAUCUUAAGGAUAACACCCCUCGCGUCAUCGUUCUUACCAAGACUUUCGACUUUACUGGAACCGAAGGCACAGCUACUGAGGUCGGCUGUGCCCCCUGGGGAACCAGCAACAAGAAGUGCCAGACAGCCAUCAACAAAAACAACUGGUGCACCGACCUUAACGCCAAGGCCCCCAAGGUUACUGUCAAGUACGACAAGGCCGCCCAGUACCCUAUGAUCGUUGGAUCGAACAAAUCAAUCAUAGGUCAAAGCAACAAAGGUGUCAUCAAGGGAAAGGGCUUUCGCAUCACUAACAAGGCCAGCAACAUCAUUAUCCAGAACAUCCACAUCACGAACCUCAACCCUCAGUACGUCUGGGGAGGUGACGCCAUUAGCCUGGACAACUCUGACCUCGUCUGGAUCGACCACGUCAAGACUUCUCUUAUCGGCCGUCAACACAUUGUUCUUGGAAACGGCCCCGCUGGCCGUGUUACUAUCUCCAACAGUGAGAUCGAUGGCCAGACGUCUUGGUCUGCCACUUGCGAUGGCCACCACUACUGGGGCCUUUACUUGACUGGAGACAAGGGCCUGGUUACCCUGAAGGGCAACUACAUUCACCACACUUCUGGACGCGCUCCCAAGGUUGGCGGAAACACUCGCCUGCACGCUGUCAACAACUUGUGGAGCGACAACACCAACCACGCUUUCGAGGUUGACGGAAAUGUUCAGAUUGUUGCCGAGGGCAACAUUUUCCAGAAUGUCAAGGCUCCUGCCCAGACCCCGAUGAAGGGCAAGGUCUUCACCUCUCCCAACGCCAGCGCCAACGCUCAGUGCAAGGCGUAUCUUGGCCACAACUGCCAGGUCAAUGCCUACUCUGGCUCCGGAAACUUCGUCGGCACCGACGCCAGCGCUCUUUCUGCCUUCAAGGGUUACAAUGUCGCUGCUGCUGGAGACGCCAACGCUGCAAAGACUCUGGCCGCCAAGGCUGGCUUUGGCAGAAUCUAA